AUGUCUAAACUCGACUCUAAUCUAUGCUAUAUCAGAGGUUCAUCCACUCCAGAGGAACGACAGACAGCUGAGCCCUACAAAAUGUGGCUAUUGGUACAAGAGAAUGGAACAAUUGUCUCUGGAGAGUGCACAUGUGUUGCUGGUGAUGGUACAUGUAAGCAUAUUGCUGCUUUGCUGUUUGGACUUCAACAAUUUUGCCUAGGACUGAAUGAUCGAACAGAGAUUGGUGUCACUGAUAAAAAGGCUAAGUGGACAAAUCCUGUGAGGUCAACAAGACCAGUAAAAAUUACUGACCUUGAUCUAAGACAGCAACCAAACAACCAACCUCAGCCCAUGGCAUGUGAUGAAGAAUACACACCUGUUACUAAUGAACAAUUAAACAAUCGAACUGAAAAAGAUAUAUACAAACUUUUAAAAGCAGAAAAAUUGGCUGCAUGUGCAGCAUAUACCCUAUCUGAUAGUUCUGAUUCUGAGUAUGAAUUUGAAGAAAGUGUGUGUGAGAAUGUGACUGAAUUUGCUCAAAAUUUUUAUGUGAUGAAUCCAAAUGCUUCCUUUGAAGAAUUUGUUGAUGGUCUUAGAGUUUAUUUUGACAGAAAUCUUGCAGUCAAAAUUUCAAAAUGUACAGUUGGUCAAAACUCAUCAGAUGUAUGGCAUCAUCAAAGAGCAGGUCGCAUUACUGCAUCAUCUGUGUUUAACUGCCUGCAUUUCAGUGGUCGGAAUGAAAAUGGUAGCCUUGUUACACAAAUUCUUUGUAAAAAAUAUGCUACUUCAGAAUCUAAUUGUAUUCCUGCACUUGUACAUGGUAGGAAAUAUGAAGCAAAAGCUAGAGAUAUGUAUUUGGAGUUAAAUGGGAAAAUUCACACUAAUCUAAGAUAUUCCAGUGCAGGCCUGAUAAUCGAUGAUGAGCUUCCUUUCAUUGGUGCCUCACCAGAUGGUUUACUAGAGUGUGAUUGUUGUUUACCGGGGUGCCUCGAAAUUAAAUGUCCAUACAAGUAUAAAGAUAAAAAUCCAAAGGAGGCAGCAGCAUGUGAUUUAAAAAAUUUUGAACUAAGAAAUGGAUUUCCUGUUUUAAGGAAAAACAGUAACUCACCAUAUUAUUGUCAAAUGAUGUGUCAAAUGGCUGUUACAAAACGUACCUAUUGUGAUUUUAUUUUGUACACACACUCAGGAAUUUUUUCUGAAAGAGUGUUCUUCAAUGGACAAAUAUGGGAAUGUAUGAAAGAAAAAAUUGUCAAGUUUUAUAAGACAUUUAUAUUUCCAAAAAUCAUCAUCAACUGA